CUUUGCCGUCAGAGCUUCCUGCCGCUUUUGUCCUUCGCUUUUCCCCUUUUUCUCCUCCGAGGUCCUUUUUGCCUCCCUUGCAGAGAAGAAGGAAGAGAAGAAGUUAGUCCUUGCAGAGAAGGAGGAGGAGAAGACCUCUCGAAAGAGGAGUCGCUGCGGCUUUGCAAAGGGGAAGAGGGUUUUGCAUGAGUGCUUUUUUGGAUCUUCAUGCAGAAGCUGCAGCAGAAGUGCAAAAAGUCCCUUUCCAACUUGGCUGAAGUUCGAUUAUUAUUAUGAUUCCUAGUAGAGGAUCGCUUAUUCUGCUGUUGGAGACUCAAGGAUCUUGACUAUUUACUCUUGGAAGUGGAUUUUGGUUCCUUCUCCUUCUACAUAUAUUGUUUUGGAUCAGAUCUAUGGAGUCCAGGAAGCUACCCAGAAGCUGAGCCUUGCCUGCAACGAAGAAAGGGAAAUAGAGGGUCAACCCUUGCCUUUGAAGGUCAACCCAGGACAAGUGACCUCCUUCAUUGAGACACAGACCUGAUGAAGAUACGGCCAUGGACGACGAGGCAGCGAUCAAUUCUAUUAUGAAGGAUCUUGCUGCCCUGGGCAAAUGCGGCGGCCUCUUGGACAGCAACAGGAACAAAAACCACGUCCAUUCUAGCAAGCAGUUGCGAAAUGCCAGGAUCAAAUUUGAACAUGAUGGAGAGAAAAGGAUUAUGCAGUUCCAGAGACCGGUUAAAUUCAAAGAGGUCCUACAGAAAGUCAUGGAUGCUUUUGGGCAGAUGAUGGACUUACACUAUGCAAACAACGAGCUCCUGAUUCCCCUGAAAUCCCAGGAAGACUUGGACCGAGCCGUGGAACACUUGGACCUCAGCCCUUCUCUCAAGAGCCUGCGAGUGUUCGUGAAAACUCCAAAGAAAACAAAUCCUCUGCAACCCAACAACAGCAAGCAGCACGAGAUGAGGAUAUCCAAGUCAAUGGGAGACAUAAUGGGGUCCCUGUACAAAGAUGCGGAGAGGACACGGAAGCAUUCAACGGGUUCCUUGCACACAGGACGAAGUUCUCCACCUCCUGGAAGCGUGCCUGAAGAGCAACAGCAGAUCGCUCGACAAGGUUCCUACACAAGUAUCAAUAGCGAAGGGGAGUUUAUUCCCGAAACUAUGGACCAAAAUUUGCUGGAAUCCUUCAUCAGUCCAGAUGGCUCCCUCUCAGGAAGCUGCCAGUCCUUGGACCGAUCCGUAGACAGCCCUCCUUUUAGCCAAACGCCUGUUUCGAGACGGAAGAGAGAAGCCAAAGAUAGCCUUGAAUGUCUAGAUUUUGAUAUCCCGUUCUGUGACAGAUUUGGGAAAGGCGGUACCUUCCCAAGGCAGUAUCAUCUCUCCCAGACUCGCAAGGACUACAAUGACGGCCGAAGGACCUUUCCUAGAAGUUAUGUUCCUCCACAAAACCAGUUCCAGCUUCUGCCGUCCAGUCGAACAAAGAGCUAUAACGGAGACAAGCUUGUCACCUUGCGGUACGAGGAGCGCGGAGGCAACAAGUGGUGGCACAACUGCGACAAAAUCUUCCAAGGCUUCGGCUCUUCUCCUGACAAGACCAGGAACAGUAGGUUACCUCCUGCAUUGCAAGCACCUGUGAAUUGGAGGCUUGGGAAAUUAUUGGGCCGAGGUGCCUUUGGAGAAGUCUACCUCUGCUAUGAUGUUGACACUGGACGGGAACUCUCCGUAAAGCAGGUGCCUUUCGAUCCCGACAGCCAAGAGACGAGCAAAGAGGUGAAUGCUUUAGAAUGUGAGAUCCAGCUGCUCAAAACCCUCCGCCAUGAGAGGAUUGUUCAGUAUUACGGCUGCUUGCGGGAUGCCGAGGAGAGGAAGUUGUCCAUCUUUGUAGAAUAUAUGCCAGGGGGUUCGGUCAAAGACCAACUGAAAGCCUACGGGGCCCUAACAGAGAACGUGACUCGGAAGUACACCAGGCAGAUCCUGCAAGGGGUUUUCUACCUGCACAGCAACAUGAUUGUACACAGGGAUAUCAAAGGUGCCAACAUUUUGAGGGAUUCCGCUGGGAAUGUGAAACUGGGAGACUUUGGGGCCAGCAAACGCAUCCAGACCAUCUGCAUGUCCGGAACGGGGAUGAAAUCAGUCACGGGGACUCCAUACUGGAUGAGUCCUGAAGUGAUCAGUGGGGAAGGAUAUGGAAGGAAGGCGGACGUAUGGAGCGUGGGCUGCACCGUGGUCGAGAUGUUGACCGAAAAGCCCCCUUGGGCUGAAUUCGAAGCCAUGGCGGCCAUCUUCAAGAUCGCCACUCAGCCCACAAAGCCACAGCUCCCAGACGGUGUGUCGGACUCCUGCCGCAACUUCCUCAAGCUGAUCUUCGUGGAGGAGAAGCGGAGGCCCACAGCGGAGGACCUCCUGAGGCACCCCUUUGCCAGCUUCAGCCUCUAGUAGGUUUCCCUGCAAGAGGAAGGAAUGGGGGCAAGGUCCAAAAUCGGUGGAUUGAGCAACGCCCACAACCUCCGAAGCCAUGCUGCACACACUUCUAAACCCAACCAGUCUGGGUUCUUUCCAAAUGUGCCAUGUUGCUAUCCGUCGUGCCAUACUGGCCAAGGUAGACACCGCCUUGGCAAAGUCUCUAAGCCACACUUCCAUCCAUAUUGACAUUGUGGAGGAUGAUGAGUGGAAUGGAGGAGAUGCUGGAUUUGGAGACGAGGGGAUCUUCUGUUCGACACUAGGACACAACGACUUGGAACAGCCAUUGCAGAACGAAGAAAGUUGACUUUUUCUUGUCUGAAAUGGUUGACCUAGAACCAAAUGGACCACAGCAAGACUCAGCAGUGGGCAUUGUCUUUGUUGCCAGGUUGCUUCCCAAGAUGAAGCAAAAAUAGAAAUGAAUCCAGAUCAAAGGAAUAAUGGCUGAUGCAAAUGGAAAAGCCGUGACUCUUGACCAGGCGUCUGAUGCACAUAGUAGCUCCAGCUUUGGGGAGCAACAGGUUAAAGAGAGCUGUUAUGUAUAUAUAUAUAUAUAUAUUGAUGGUCGCUAUAAUAAUCAGUGGUUAAAGAUACCGCAAUGAUGGAGCCUGAAAUGAUCUGUAAUCCAGAGACAGGAUUGCAAAGUGAUCGGGUCAAAUCAGACGAACAUUAGAGCAAUACCAGAAGGACAUGGGCUUCCUCCAAAGCUAUUUAACUUUCCUUUCAACCAAAAAAGAAAAUGAAUUACAUACCUGUCCCCAAUAUAAUGUAAAUAUUUGUUCAACCCCUUUUAUUAAAAAUUCCCUAUGAUGUGGACUACACCAAUCCAUUUCAUGAUCAGAAUGUGCAUCUACACUGUUGACUUAUUGCAGUUUGACAUUGGCUCAGUAAUAUGGAAUCAUGGGAUUUGUAGUUUUAUAAAGUCUUAAUUUUUUAUGCCAAAGAGUGCUGGUGCCUCACCAAACAAUUCCAGGGAUUUGUGGGAGUUAAAGUGAUGUCAAAGUGCAUUAAUUCCACAGUGUGGAUGCACCCAUUGUUUUGAAAAGGAAGAGAGCCAUUGCGUUGCCAGCCAACCAGGACAAAACAAAUGUUUUUAUCCAUCAGGCCCCUUCUACACUGCCAUAUAAAAUCCAGAUUAUCUACUUUGAACUGGAUUAUAUGGCAGUGUGGACUUAUAUAAUUCAAUGGUGGAGGCUCCUUCUUUGGAAGCUUUUAAACAAAGGCUGGAGGGCUAUCUGUCAGGGGUGCUUUGAAUGCAAUAUUCCUGCUUCUUGGCAGAAUGGGGUUGGACUGGAUGGCCCAUGAGGUCUCUUCCAAUUCUUUGAAUCUAUGAUUCUAUGAUUCAAGGCAGAUAAUCUUGAUUAUCUGCUUUGAUAACCUGGUUCAUAUAGCAGAGUAGAAGGGGCCUCUGUCGAUCAAUGCUGCUAAAUGAAAUUCUAAGUUUUCUGUCCAGAUAUAAUCUCAAUUGUGUUGUUUAGGGUCAACUAUGCACUGCAUUUUGAGCAAAUGGGAAUGUUUUAUAAUAUACUUGGCUCAGUUUAUAUCAGCGUUUCUCAACCUGGGGGUUGGGACCCCUGGGGGGAGUCAUGAGGGGGUG